UGGCCAAUCCUUUCUUUUCUACUACAUAGAGAGAAAGAUCCUUUAAUCAAGAAACAUAAAUUAAAACAUCAAACAAACACAUCAAUUCUUGAAAAGAAAAUGUCUUGCUGUGGAGGAAACUGUGGCUGCGGCUCCGGCUGCAAGUGCGGCAACGGUUGUGGCGGAUGCAAGAUGUAUCCUGACAUGAGCUUCUCAGAGAAAACCACCACCGAGACUUUGGUUCUUGGGGUGGGAGCAGAGAAGGCACACUUUGAAGGAGGUGAGAUGGGCGUCGUUGGAGCUGAGGAGGGUGGCUGCAAGUGUGGCGACAACUGCACCUGCAACCCUUGCACUUGUAAAUGAAAGAGAUCCUGCCUUGAUGUUUACGAGUGAUAGCGUCUAAUGUAGUGUCUGUCUGUUGCGGUUUUUUAAGAUUUAAUAAAGUAGUAACGGCUUGUGGUUCCUAUCGAGAUCCUAUUUCUUGGAUAGGGUUUGGGCUAAGCCAUGGCUGAGACUUUAUAUAAUGUAAAAGUAAAACUAGUUUAUAUGAGAAUUUACAUGCAUGAUAAUGAUUUCCUUUUUCAUGCAGUAAAUCGAAUCGUAUGUAUGUAUGUAUGUAUCUAUGUAAGGAGUGAGCUCUUUGAUGGCUUAAUGAAGAACUCCCCUUUCUUGUUACUAA